AUGAAGGGAGCCUUCGGAGUCAACUCCGCUCUAGACUACCCUUACGAAAUAAAGAGGCUUUACUGUGGAGCCAUUCACUUCGGUACGAACACUACUGCUCUAGGAUAUUUGCCAAAUAUUGUCAAGGGUUUUACUAGGACGUUCCCCGAGGAAAAUACCUCCGACGAAAGGUGGCAAAGGUGUUCAAGGGCCGGAAUUGCUGGGUAUUUGGCACUGGCUUUUAAAAUUAGGCUGUCCAUGUGGGGGGCGCAGCUCAUGUACCCUCACACAGGAGCAUACCAGGUUCAUGUGUUCGUCGAAGCAGGGAAGCAGGCGCUUACCGUUAAAAAUGAGCAUAAAAGCAGUCGAUAUACCCCCAAUAGUUUGGUAGCUUGCAGCUUCCAGACUCUCCUAGACCUCCCUAGCGAAUUGAAGUUCGUUGAUCUGACAGUUGACUUCUUGGAAAUCCCUAUGCAUUUAGUUGGGCGUUUACUCUGCAGUGAUAUUUUCAGCUCUGGCUCCAGAAGAUUAGAGAGGCUAAUUGAAGAAGCCAAUGAGGAGCCAGACAGGGCAAUGGUAUUUAAUCAGACCAAAUCAAGAAAAAAUAAAGCGUAUUGGUGGGUCUUCAUAAGUUCAAUGAGCUUAAUAGCCGUAUUCAGCACGGUGACCAUGAAAGACAUUGAACUUAAUGAGCAUCAUGGGUUUGAUGAGUUUGGUGAUGAAUUGGCGGUGUUAGGUCUUGAUUGCCGAAUCAAGCGGAUUGCCUAA